AUGUCUGCAGGAAGAGGUGGACCGUUCAGGGGAUGCAGAAGAGGGAGACGUAGUAGAUAUUCGAGUCUCCACUUGGAACAUGAUGCUGGCUACAAUGCUCGCAUGCUGGGCAUUCCCACCACUCGUCGCACUACCUCGGGCCACUAUCUUGUUGAUCAGAACACCUUGACUAAUCAUGAACCCGACAGCGAGUUUCCAUCGCUCGGCCCACAACCCCAGCAAGCCAAUGUAUCCCAGGCUUGGAACAGUACCGCUUUACGCACACCUCAGCAAGCCCCUGCUCAGCGCGCAACCCCGGCGCAACAGCAACAAGUCCAGACGUCUCAGCAGCAGCAACAACAGCGCUCUGUAUCUGCCCAGACGCACGAAUCACAGCAGCAUGAACCUUCAAAUUUGGACACUCAGUAUGAUGGUCAAUCACCGACUUCUGCCCGCGCCGGCAGCGAACAGCCACAAGACGAAUUCCCGCCUCUUAGCAACCAGGCUCAGCUGAAUGGUCGUGUCAAUGGAUACUCUCACGAAGACGGUGCCUUCGGCUCAGAAGCAUCACGGCCCAGACCUGCCAACCCGCCGGGAAUCGACCAUCAACUAGGAUUGAUGCAGCAACAGCCACCCAUUGGCCAAGCUAGCACACAGCAGCAACCCUCACAACAUUCGUCCAACUUUGCGCCUCAGAUGGUCGAUGCUCCCAUUACCAAUCAAGCUGCUCCACAACAGUUAAAACCCUACGAUGACAUGACUGAGGCUGAGAAGUGGGGUCUACCUGGGUUGCUGGCCAAGAUCCGCAGCAAUGAUGCAUCUUCUGCCUUCACCAUGGGCGUCGACAUCAACUCAUUAGGUCUUGAUUUGGACAGCCCGGAAUCGCUGUUCGCUACUUUCUCUACACCCUUCGCCGACAAUCGUUCACGCCCUGUCAUCCCAGAGUACACGCUACCUGCUGGUUAUACCGUCACUAACGUUCCAGCGCUGGCCUCGCGCAUGAAUGCCUUCUCCGACGAGACACUCUUCUUCGUCUUCUACCAGAACCCUAGAGAUGUUGUGCAGGAGCUCGCUGCUGGUGAGCUAUACAGCCGUGACUGGCGUUGGCACAAGGAGCUGCAGCAGUGGAUGAUGAAGGAUAGUCAGAUGGCUGCCCCCAUUCGCGUGAGUGAGCGUAGUGAGCGUGGAGUUUACAUCUUCUUCGACGCCAACAACUGGAGACGUGAGCGCAGAGAGUUUGUACUCAACUACGAUCAUCUGGAUCAGAGACACGGCGCCGCCCAGCCUCAGGCUGCACUUUAG